AUUCGUAUCACUUUAUCGCACCUCUUCGUGAGGCUUGACUCUUGACCUGAGCUCCCAAGUUGAUCUCCGCCCACUUCGUUCCGACACCGCUCCGGUUGCGGUUGCACCAUAGCCAAGUCUUCGGGAAACUCUCACGCCCGCCGCCGGCCAUUAGUGAUUUGUAGCGGCGCCCCCAUCUCUCCAAUUGAGACUACUAUCCUCUGGUCGAUGCUCUGAGAACCGUCAAAAUAACCAACCCUUUCAUAGGCUUAAGCUCCGCCACCACCAUGCAUGUCUCUCAACUGCUGACCUUGAGCUCUGUGCUCUCAUUUGCCGCUGCUUCGCGCAUUCAGCAGCCCAUCGGCGUUGAAUCUUCCCCGCAGGCUCCAAGCUCAUCGCCCUCAUCCGCUGCUCCAUCUUGGCGCGACGACCUCAUCUCUUUACAUCGAUCUCUCAUUGAGAUCCCCUCCAUCUCAGGCAAUGAGAGCGCCGCUGGAAAGUUCCUGGUCGAUUAUCUGACCGGCCGGGGCUAUGUCUCGUCUCUGCAAUUCCUGCCGCCGCGCAACAACAAGACGGAGGAGACCCCGCGGUUUAAUGUUCUGGCCUGGAAGACGAACCAACGCCAGCCAACCCCUCGCAUUGUGGUCACAUCGCAUUACGAUGUUGUGCCGCCUCAUAUCCCCUACGGCAUAUCCGACGACAAAAUAACCCCCGACACUCGUAUUAGUGGAAGAGGAAGCGUUGAUGCCAAGGCCAGCGUUGCUGCUCAGAUUAUUGCUCUCGAGGAUUUGUUCGAGGCCGGCAAAGUCAAACCCGAAGAUGCUAUGCUCUUGUUCGUUAUCGGCGAGGAGGACACUGGCGAUGGAAUGCGUUUCUUCUCCGAUUCUCUUCAGGAAGCCGACCCGCCGGUGCAAUUUGGCUCCGUCAUUUUCGGGGAGCCUACGGAGAACAAGCUCGCUUGCGGCCACAAGGGCGGCGUCUUUUGCGAUAUCUCGGCCAAGGGUGUUGCUGGACACUCUGGCUACCCAUGGCUCGGCAAGUCGGCCAACGAAAUCAUGAUCAAGGCCCUCGCCAAAAUCAUCACGACAGAUCUCGGAAGCACCGACAAGUGGGGCAACACCACUGUGAAUGUUGGCCAGUUCAACGGUGGCGUUGCUCAGAAUGUUAUUCCUGCUGCUGCCCUGGCAAGGAUAGCUGUUCGGGUCGCCAUUGGCCCCGAAAAGGACGGCGGCAACAUCGUCAAGGAGAGAAUCCAGAAGAUUCUUGACGAUACCGAUGCCGAGUCCCUCGAGCUGACAUGCACUCACGGAUAUGGCGUGGUGGAGGCCAACUGUGACGUUGAUGGAUUUGAUACCCUUGUGGCCAACUAUGGCACUGAUAUCCCGAACCUGAAAGGCUCGCAUACCCGCUAUCUAUAUGGACCAGGCACUAUUUUGGUUGCACAUGGUCGCAACGAGAACAUCACCGUUGCCGAGCUUGAAGAAUCCGUGGGAGGGUACCAAAAGCUGAUCCUGCAUGCGCUUAAGGACUCUGCUUAGUAUCAUGCGACGGUUUCCAGGCUGCACCCUGCUGUUACGCCAUAUCCCUUAUAGACGAAAUCUAAUUUUGUACAUAC